AUUCGUAAAAUACAAAAAGGAGAAAGGAAUGGGAACGGCAACAGCACCAUGGAAGCAGCUUCUUCUCAACGCUUUGGAAUCCAAUUCUCAUCACAAGCACUCUUCCUACUUUCAAUUCGCAACUGUUGGAUGUAAUGGAAGACCCUCCAAUCGUACCAUAGUUUUUAGAGGAUUUCAAGAAAACAACGACAAGCUCCAUAUCAACACCGAUAACAGGACUCAAAAGAUAGAAGAGCUGAAGCAUUGCCCUUUUGCAGAGAUAUGUUGGUACUUUACUGAUUCAUGGGAGCAGUUUCGGAUCAGUGGAAGAGUUGAUGUUAUCGAUGGUUCCAAUCCUGACACCCUCAAACUUCAGCAAAGGGAGAAAUCUUGGUUUGCUAGUUCUAUCAAAUCAAGGAUACAAUACUUGGGACCUCAUCCUGGUCUGUCGCUCAUAACUGAACACCAAAGUGAGGAGGAAGCUCAUUUUGAUCCUUCGAUUGGCCCAGUUGCUGCAUUUUGUCUGCUGGUUUUAGAUCCUGAUCAGGUUGAUUAUUUGGAUUUGAAGAAUAAUCAGAGGCUUAAGUUUAUAUCCAAACUUGAAACAAAUGGAGUUAAAAGCUGGAGUUCAGAGAGAAUCAACCCAUGAUAUUGUUUUCAGUUUCUAAAACCAUAAUGUGGACAUACAUUGGCAUCUUCUAAACUUAUCCGUUGUGUAGGGUACAGGUUGAUGUUAAAGAACCAUAUUAGACUGUUGCAUGGAUUAAUUUAAUUUUCCCUCCUACAA